GUCUCAUCUCUUAACAUCUCAAAGUUCAAAGUGACAGUAUGGCCGGCCUCGUCGGAUAUGCAAGUAGCGAUGAUGAGGAAGCAAUGCAAGAGGUGGAAUCUUCUCUAUCUCAGAAUAAGCAAAGAGUGAACACUACAGAUAAUGAACAGGAAGUAACUGAGAAAACCAACACAUCGGCUUCUGAGUAUAAGAGUCUUAAACAUGUUCCCAUUGCCCCAAUCCAACAAAAUGCUGCACCCUUGGGACCUUUCCUACCGCCCAUGGAAGGAGCUGUUGUGGAUGAUCAAGACCCAGCAUCUAGACCUACUUCACCAUACUCGAGCUAUCGUGCUCUUCUUCGUGACCUGACGUUACCAUCAGCUCCUAACCUAGACAUUCCACCAUCGCCCCCAGGAUCACCACCACCUGGCACAAACGAGAAAUUUGAGAAAUUCCUCGAGCUCAAGAAGAAGGGAACACACUUCAACACCAAACUGGAGCAAUCAACUGCACUAAAAAACCCCAGUUUGAUGGAUAAACUGAUGAGAUUUGUCGAAGUCGACGAGCACAGUCAGUAUUCAACUACAUUAGCUACAGACUUGUGGAAUCCUGCAGCGUUUCCAGACUGGGCGUUUAAGGAGAAGCUACGGAAGAGCCACGACAAAUUGCUGAAGGAGAAAGAAGCAGAGAAGACCACUGGUACCAGGACGACUGUUGAAUUUGUCCCCUCGUCAACAGUGGCAGGCCAGGAUGCAACAGCAAGAAGUGGGCUUUCAAGAGGCGAGAAACGGAAAAGUAGUUGGAACUAAGGAUAAAGGUGCUAGGUUACAACAUAUGUUCGCGGCGAUAGCUCUUUACCAAGGAACAUGACUAGGACCACACUCACAAGAUGGAGAGUUAGGAGUUUUCAUUCAGAGACCUAAUGGAUACUGGAUGACUCUAAUCAAAGGUAUCAUUAUAACCGCCCGCGCCUUUGGCCAAACUACCACCUCCUGGUAGCUUUGCAUUAAUCGACCCAACGGCCUACAUCAUCCAUCGCCGCCAGAAUUGCAUAAUUCAUGACCCUUCGUUGCUCCCAUGUACGCAUAGCAUGCAGCCCAAAUACCAAUGAAUACUGCAAUUAAUCACUCUUACUCUCGCACUUGACCUCAUAAUCGAGGUCCUUCUUCAA